AGCCAUAAGAUAAGGAUUUAAAGCCCCACCUUUCAUUUCCCUCUCUGGCAUCAAUAAGCUCUAUCAUCACCACAUUCUCACCUUAAUCGCUACACACGAACAAAAUACUUUCUUUGGGCUUUUCUGUUUCUUUUUGGACUAUCAAAGACUCUGAGGUGAAGAUUGGGAUGAAGAGCUUGUUCUAAUUGGAGACUCAGCACUCAGCUUUACAUUUAAGCAAAGAUGACAACUGUAGUCCCAUGUUCUACAAGCUCUAUUUCUCUAAUUCCUGGAACUCCCUUUAGAUUAAAGAAGAAUAAUAAUCUUACCAGAUGCAAUUUGCUAAGAAAAUCUUCAAAACAUGUAAUAUCCUCACAAAGACAUGUGUUGCCUCUUCUGACGUCUGUUGGAUUGUUCCCACAUUACAGAAGGGAUUGUAAUUGGCUUCAUAGAUCUAUUGUGUACGGUGUAUCAGCCACAGGGACUGAUACAGAUGUAGUGAUAGAGGAGCCAGAAUCACCUGUCACAGAUGAAAACUCCGGUGGAGCCUCAGAUAUUCCAGCAGAUGCAGCUGAAACUAGUGAAAACUCCUCCAUCAAGUCAGACUCAAAUCGUGCUCCAGCUCAAACAAAACGUUCAAGGCCUGGUAGGAAAAGUGAAAUGCCACCAGUAACAAAUGAGGAGCUAAUUCCUGGUGCAACAUUUACUGGGAAAGUGAGGUCUAUCCAGCCAUUUGGUGCUUUUGUUGAUUUUGGAGCUUUCACAGAUGGUCUGGUGCAUGUUUCCAGGUUAAGCGACAACUUUGUAAAGGAUGUGGGAAAUGUUGUAUCUGUCGGCCAAGAGGUAACAGUGAGAUUGGUUGAAGCAAACACUGAGACAGGGCGUAUUUCUCUCACUAUGCGUGAAAGUGAUGAUACCAAUAAGUCGCAGCAACAGAGAGAUGCUCCUGCCACUGCCAGCAGUGGCAAGCCAAGGCCUGGUCGAAGGAAUGCACCAAAAUCCGGUCAGAGAAGAGAAGAUAAUAAGAUCUCAAAGUUUGUUAAAGGACAGGAGCUAGAAGGCACAGUCAAGAAUUUGACCAGGUCUGGUACUUUCAUAUCUCUACCCGAGGGUGAGGAAGGAUUCCUACCCACAUCAGAAGAAUCUGAUGGUGGACUUGAAUCCAUGAUGGGAGGCUCAUCAUUGGAGGUUGGCCAGGAAGUUAGUGUUCGGGUACUGCGUAUUUCAAGGGGACAGGUUACCUUGACAAUGAAGAAAGAAGAAGAUAAUAAGUUAAAUACAGAACUUCUCCAAGGUGUUGUCCACGCUGCAACAAAUCCCUUUGUUCUGGCUUUUCGUAAGAACAGGGAUAUCUCUUCAUUUUUGGAAGAGAGGGAGAAAAUGGAAAAAGUAGCAAAUCAACCUGUGGAACCAAAGAUCCCAGUAGAAGUAGGAGAACAGGAGAAACAAACUGAAACUGUAUCUGACAUAUUAGAGGUUCAGGGACAGCCUUCAAGCAGCAAUGAGGGAUCAGACAGUGUUACUUCGACAGUGGCUGAAACAUUAGUAGAUGAAACUUCUCCAAAAGAAGUGGCUGAGGAACCAAGUAUUGCUGGUGACGAUGAGGUUCCAGGAAGCAUAGAAUCUAGCUCACCACAAAGCGUCGAAGCUGCAGUUCAAACUGUAGAAAAAGAAGCAGAGGAAAGCUCUGGAACCCCAGAUCCUAUAGGGAGUGUAUCUACUGCAGAUAAUAUAACUGAGCAGACUCCUUUAACUGAUGAGAUGGGAAGUGAUGGAAAAUCAGGUCCAUAUGGAGAAAUAUCUAGUGAAGUUUCAACCCCAGUAAGUCCUGCUGCAGAAGAAGUUGUAGAGAAUCAGCUUGGUGAGUCCAUAACAAAUGAAGAAUUGCAAACUCCUAUUGCAGAAAAUGAGAUUUCUUCCAUUGCACCAGUUGAAGAUGAAGGCACUGGAGCAACAAGCCCUGAUGAAAAUGGCAGUAUUACUGGCUCAGGCGAGCAAGCAGACGUUCCUUCUCUUCAGGAAGCUACAGAUGGAGAGGAAAGUGCUGGCAAUUCUGAUCAUUCUGGAAGCACAGAUGCGGCUGAAAUGCUGCCUACUGAAAGUCAGGAAAUUGCAGAAGUAGUGGAGAACCAAGUUGAAAGCUCCAGGGAGGAAGUGCAGACUCAAGCAUCUGCUGCUGAGGCUGAAAUUCCUUCUGUCAUACAAGUUGAUAGUGAAAAAGUUGACACAGCUCCUGAGAAAAGUGACAGUUUUGCUAAUCCAAAUGGACAAAGUGACAGUUUUGCUAAUCCAAAUGGACAAAGUGACAGUUCUUCAACUGAGAAGAGUGUGAAAGCAACCAUAUCACCAGCGUUGGUGAAGCAGCUUCGCGAAGAAACUGGAGCAGGAAUGAUGGAUUGCAAAAAAGCUCUCUCAGAGACUGGAGGGGACAUUGGUAAAGCUCAGGAGUUCCUCAGAAAGAAAGGAUUAGCAAGUGCAGAAAAGAAAGCUAGCAGAGCCACAGCUGAAGGAAGAAUUGGUUCUUACAUUCAUGACAGCAGAAUUGGUGUGCUGGUAGAGGUGAAUUGUGAAACAGAUUUUGUCUCACGGGGGGAAAUAUUCAAGGAAUUGGUUGAUGAUAUAGCCAUGCAGGUGGCUGCAUGCCCUCAAGUAAAGUAUCUUGUUACUGAAGAUGUCCCUGAAGAGAUUGUGAACAAGGAAAAAGAAAUAGAGAUGCAGAAGGAAGAUCUUUUGUCGAAACCAGAGCAGAUUAGAUCAAAGAUUGUAGAAGGACGAAUCAGGAAGAGACUUGAGGAGCUGGCAUUGCUGGAACAACCAUACAUUAAGAAUGAUAAGAUUGUGGUAAAGGACUGGGUGAAACAGACAAUUGCAACCAUUGGAGAAAAUAUAAAAGUGAAGAGGUUUAUUCGUUUCAAUCUUGGUGAGGGCUUGGAGAAGAAAAGUCAGGAUUUUGCUGCUGAGGUGGCUGCCCAAACUACAGCGAAACCAGUUGCAGCACCAGCAAAAGAGCAGUCUGUUUCAGCUGAAGCCGAGGAACCUGUUGAAAAACCACCUGUUGUAGCAGUUUCCGCUGCACUUGUAAAACAGCUGAGAGAAGAAACAGGAGCAGGGAUGAUGGACUGCAAGAAAGCUCUGUCUGAAACGGGAGGAGAUCUUGAAAAGGCACAGGAGUAUCUUAGAAAGAAAGGUCUUUCAGCUGCUGACAAGAAGUCUAGUCGCCUUGCAGCAGAAGGCAGAAUAGGCUCCUAUAUUCAUGAUUCCCGCAUUGGAGUUCUGAUUGAAGUCAACUGUGAAACGGACUUUGUGGGUAGAAGUGAGAAAUUCAAGGAAUUGGUUGAUGAUCUAGCUAUGCAAGUUGUGGCUUGCCCACAGGUACAGUUUGUGUCCACCGAAGAGAUCCCAGAGAGCAUUCUCAACAAGGAAAAGGAGCUCGAGAUGCAGAGGGAGGACCUUGCGUCAAAACCAGAGAACAUAAGAGAGAAGAUUGUUGAGGGCAGGAUCUCAAAGAGACUUGGGGAGCUUGCUCUUUUAGAGCAACCCUUCAUUAAGGAUGACAGUGUUUUGGUGAAAGACCUGGUGAAGCAGACUGUUGCUGCCAUAGGGGAGAACAUAAAAGUACGAAGAUUUGUUCGAUUUACCAUUGGGGAGAACACUGAAGAUGCAAAAACAGAAACAGAAACCGAAGCAUAGGACAGAAAAACCAGACAUUGAAGCAAAUUUGAGUUAGGCGCUAAGCAUUACAGAUGAGCAGUGUGACGUGAACUAAUUUUGCAUGAGAAUGACCUAUUAAUUUUGUUCGCUAAAGCGAGUGAGUCCCCUUUUCUUCUUUUUCCCUUCUCUUGUAGCUUCACCUCAUGAUUGUAAUUGCUGAAGUUCUUUUUGGCAUCUACUUUUUGUAAGAUGAGAAACAUCAAGUAAAUGAUUUUCUUUUCUUUCUC